AAAUUUUAGCACACUGUCAAAUUUAAGGGGAAAUUAUGGCGCAUAGAAGGGGUUUUAUAACAAAGACCUCACUGCCGCCGGGUUAAUUCGCUCUAGGCUCACACCUCUAUGCUCUAUCCGGAUUCCCGCAUGGAAGUUUUCGGAAAGUGUCUAUUUUGUAAACAAAGAGUGAAUUGUGCUUAAAAAUGUUGCAAUUCGCUAGAAGAAUUGCUCAAUUUUCAGCUGGGAGAUACAUCUCUAGCCCAGCUACCAUUUCCCAGUGCCUCCACAAAGCGCCAAUUGGUAGUUCUCUUGGAAACCUAAGAAAUCUUCCGGCCUGCUUCCACACGACAUUCCUGGUCAGAAGUGAAUCCGAAAGGGAUUUUGUCGUGAAACAGUCUGAUCCAGAUACUUUCGGUCCUCCCACACUCUCUGAGACUUACGAGGACUUCGAAGAUCCUGGAGAUAUAGCUGAACACGAGAGAAUAACAUACAAACCCAGCAGGUCACAGCAACUCACUACAAAGCAGUACGCAGACAUGAUAAAAUCGCACAUUAAGAACAAAAGGAUCAAGGAAGCUAUCGAUGUUCUAGAAGUGAGAAUGAUCAAGGAAGACAAAGUCAAACCAGAGAAUUACAUCUACAAUCUUUUAAUUGGGGCAUGCGGAAGGCUCGGAUACACCAAGAAAGCAUUUCAGCUGUACAACAGGAUGAAGCAGAGAGAUCUAAAGGUAACCGGAGGGACCUACACGGCCUUAUUUAAUGCCUGUGCAACAUCUUAUUGGCCAGAAGAUGGCCUCAACAGGGCCAAUCAUCUCAGAGAUUUGAUGCUGCAGAAAGGAUACGAGCCCAAUGUUACAAACUACAAUGCCAUGAUCAAGGCUUAUGGACGCUGCGGGGAUCUCAUGACAGCUUUCCAACUCGUGGAUGAGAUGAGAAGUAAAAAACUCAAAAUCGAUGUCAUUACCAUGAACUUCCUCCUGCAAUCUUGCAUCUCAGACAAGGAAUUUGGCUUCCGGCACGCUCUUCUGCUUUGGCACAAAAUGCGCGGUAAAAAACUCAUUCCUGAUGCAUUUUCUUUCAAUCUGCUCCUAAGGUGUGUAAGGGAUUGUGGCUUGGGAGAUCUGGAAACAACUGAAAGUGUCAUAAAGCAAAUUCUUACUGAAUCAAUAGCCCGUAACCAGAAAUUAUUGAACAAUCCUAAACUUUCAACAGAAGAUGAAACUCAGCCAGAUUCAACAUCCACAGAACUUUCAAUUGAAUCAGAAAAUCCAGGAAGUGUACCAAAUUUAAUCUGCACUGCACCUCAUCUUGGCAGUUUAGUGGCUUUGGGAGAGGUCAAAAAACCAGAAGACAGACUUCUCCUUCUCGGCGGAAUCGCAGGAUUUCUCGAAGAAAUGCGCAUCUGUAGAGCUACACCAGAUAUAAAAACCUUCACAGAACUCAUUGAAGUAAUCCCGCCAACAACAGCUGCUGAGAAACUCCUUCUGAGAUUCAUGAAACAGGAAAAUGUUCAAGCGGAUGUUGACUUCUUCAACGUAUUAAUUAAAAAGCGCAGCAUGAGAUUCGAUUAUGUUGGUGCGAAGGAAGUAUUGAGCAUGAUUCAUGCAGCUAAGCUUCUACCAGACAUUGUUACGUACGGAGUCAUGGCUCUGGGAUGUCAGACUCAGGCAGAAGCUGAAGAAUUGCUAAUGGUGAUGAAGAACAAUGCCAUUCGGCUCAAUACCGCCAUCCUUGGGGCUAUGCUGCGUCAAGGAUGUGCAAAAACUAAUUUCAACUACGUGAUGUAUAUCAUGGAUUUGUGCGAAUGGGAACAGGUGAAGCCCAAUGAGCAGUUUGUUAAACAUCUCUUGGAAUUUGAAAAGAAAUGCAAGCACUGGAAGAAACGCGGGAACCCUCACAAGGAUAUCAGUUACUUCACACGGGAUUUUAAAUUGUUCCAGAAGAAGCUCGAGAAUUGGAAAGCAAAGCAUGGCUUAGAAAACAAAAGUACAGAGGAAAUCCUUAGGAAAUUCAGAGAACAUCCUUACAAGCAAUUCAGGGAAAAUCAACCAGAAGGCUUUGAAGAGGAGAAAAAUCCCAAGUUGAGGCAUGAAAAGAAACUCAGACGUGAAUUAAAGGAACUUAGAUUGUGAAUUGUGAAAAA